AUGAAAGUUAUGAUGAUAUUUUUUGGUUGGGUUAAUUUAAUUGUAAAUUCAAAUCAUUAAACCUAAUGUAGAACUCUAAUAAUAUAACCAAAUAAAACUUAUCAUUCAAAUCAUAUUAAUUGUUAUUUGUUGGAAAACGAAGAGAAUGAUUAUUCAGACAUUAAUCACAUUGAUUAAGAAAUAGUUUAAAAAUCAUUCAUAAUUCCUUAUCAAGAAAAACCAAUAAAAAUUUUAAUUAUCAAUCCUUUAGAAUAUAGAAAAUUAUUUGAAAAACUAUUUUGUUAUUUAUAUUUCAAUUAGAAAUAUAUUAUCAGAUGUAUUAGUAUAGAAUCGAUUUAUUUUGGGGAAAAGAAUAGUCAAAUUGAGAAAAUCAAAAUAAUAACAAAUAUUGAUUCUUCAGAAAUAUGUGAUGAAAUCUAUGAACAAGAAGAUUUAGGAUUUCUGAUAACUUGUUAGUCCAAUACAACAUUAUAAGUAUAUUCAAUAAGCUUCAAAGGUGAUGUUAAUCUUUUAUUUUAAUAUGAUGUUUUUAAUCAAAUUUAGGAUAGAUGUUAAAAAUAAUAAAUAUUACUACCAGAUUUUACAAUCAUCUUCAUGUAUUAUUAAUGCUCUUCUUGGAAGAUAUUAUAAUAUCAUGAUUAUAAAAUAAUUAUUCUCUUGGAAGCAAAUUAAGGUCCAUUUUAAACAGUGUAAUUUGUAUAUGAUAUACAAUUUUGUUAAUCUUCUGAGAACUAUUUCAUUUAUUUAAUAGUUGAAAAUAAGUACUUUCAUUUUAUUAUUGAUUCCUCUGGUCACAUUUUACACCAAUACUCUAUGGUGAGUGAAAGAAUAAUUACCAAACUAAUAAUGAUAUAAUCUUGCUCUCAAAUCAUUUUGAUUACUAAAUAUCAAGAAUAUUAUCCUUAAGUUGAGGAACUUUUACUUUAAGAAAUAAGUUUACAAUAAACCUACUUAACCAGCAAUAUCCAUUAUUAUUUAAAUUUACUUUUCCUUUAAAAUAACAAUCAAUUAACUGUAAUACCACAUUUUCAAAUCAAUAAAACCUNA